GUUCGGGCGGGAUAGAACCUGCUAAGUUGGUGUUACUAGGCAACUGAACAGGCGUAGUAAUAAUAUUCCGUUAAUUACCGCAUGCGGGACCUGAUGAGGGAAUUUCCGGUACUCUCGGCCCGGCCUUGACUAGCUUGCUCGCUGUGCGCAAGCCCGGGAGUCUUUGAACCCUGCUAUAGCUUUUGCCCGUUAUCAACUUACAAAAACUCAGACAUUUUGGGCGCGUUCGAUCCUUUUGAAAUUACUCUGUUUUUGUCUUCUUGGUCACCAUGUCUUCUCGAUUACCUCUUCGUCAAUUCUCCGCGCAGCGGUUGAGGACUGUCUCCCGCGUUUCCCGAGUCCCCCGUGAGGUAUGCAUGGGUGGACGUCGCGCUUUCACAACAGGAAAGGGCACAGAAAGUGUCCAAAUUGGAGCUAAAAGUAUUCAUGGGUUGCAAUCAAGCCUGACACUGCGGAAGGCCAUUUCUCGGCUUGAUGCUAUUCCAUUUGCCAGUCACCAGAUCCGAACCUACGCGGACACUAUUGUGAAGGUUCCACAGAUGGCAGAAUCCAUCACCGAAGGAACGUUGAAACAGUUUUCCAAACAGGUCGGAGAUUAUGUUGAACGAGACGAAGAAAUCGCAACGAUCGAGACCGAUAAGAUUGAUGUGUCAGUCAAUGCACCUGAGUCGGGAACAAUCAAGGAGCUGCUUGUGAAUGAAGAAGACACCGUCACAGUUGGUCAGGAUCUCAUAAAAUUGGAACUUGGUGGCGCCCCGGAGAAGAAGUCGGACGCCAAUGAAAAACCGGAGCCUGCUUCCACACCUGCACCUACACAGUCCGAGCAACCAAAGGCGCCCCAGCAAGCUGCGCCUUCCGCUCCUGCCGCAAAAGCGCCCUCCCCCGUAGCGGAGGCGCCCAAGAAGGCACAGCCAGUCGCAUCUAAGCCGCAAGCUUCGGAUGAACCCAAGCCUACACUGGGAGGUCGUGAAGAGCGCAGGGUUAAAAUGAACAGAAUGAGACUGCGCAUUGCUGAACGUCUGAAGCAAUCUCAAAACACCGCUGCUUCCCUUACUACCUUCAACGAGGUGGACAUGUCUUCUUUGAUGGAAUUCCGCAAGUUGUACAAGGAAGACGUGCUAAAGAAGACCGGAGUGAAGCUCGGUUUUAUGAGCGCUUUCUCACGCGCCUGCGUUCUGGCUAUGAGGGAUGUUCCUGCCGUGAACGCCUCGAUCGAGGGGCCCAACGGUGGUGACACAAUCGUCUACCGUGACUAUGUGGACAUAAGCGUUGCAGUCGCGACUGAGAAAGGACUUGUCACACCUGUGGUUCGUAAUGCUGAAAAUAUGGAUCUAGUGGGAAUUGAAAGGUCUAUUGCGGACCUUGGAAAGAAGGCACGCGACAACAAGUUGACAAUUGAGGACAUGGCUGGUGGCACUUUCACAAUCAGCAAUGGUGGUGUUUUUGGUUCCCUCAUGGGAACUCCCAUCAUUAAUCUCCCACAGACGGCUGUCCUUGGACUGCAUGCGAUUAAGGAUAAACCUGUGGCUGUUAAUGGCAAGGUUGAAAUUCGCCCUAUGAUGUAUCUCGCUCUCACUUACGACCAUCGACUUCUGGAUGGUCGGGAAGCAGUUACUUUCCUUGUCAAGGUCAAGGAGUACAUUGAGGAUCCCCGCCGCAUGCUGCUCGGCUAGGCGUGAUCUCGUUAUUUUACCUUGUAUUGUAGAUUAUUAAAUUCACAUGCUUGAUAUAUAGCAG